CACACAUACAGAAAGACUGAUUUAUAAACUCUCUAACUUCUGCUACUGCAUCUCAAUAGCCAAAUCAUUGUAAGAAAAUGAGCUCUGAGAUUCCCUUGAUCAUGUUAUUCAUCACACUUUUCUUCUUACUGAUGCUGAAGAAGAAAAGACAGGUUAUGAUUUCAAGAAGGCUUCCUCCUGGUCCUAAAAAGCUCCCAAUCAUAGGCAACCUUCAUCAACUUGGAAAGUUGCCCCAUCGAUCACUUCAAAACAUGUCCCAAAGAUACGGGGAUCUCAUGUUCCUGCAACUGGGAUCCGUGCCUGCACUAGUCGUCUCGUCCCCCGACAUGGCCCGGGACAUAUUUAAAAACCACGACCUCGUUUUCUCGGGCCGACCACCUCUCUAUUCCGCAAAGAGGUUUACUUACAACCUCUCUAGCAUCUCUCUAGCACCCUACGGCGAGUACUGGCGACAAGUGCGAAAAAUCUUGGUUUUGGAGCUAAUGACGGCCAAGAGGGUCGAAUCAUUUGGCCAAGUACGGGUUCAAGAGGUGGCUCUCACUAUGGAGCGUAUAUCCAGCAAUGCUCCAAACGUUGUCGACCUAAGUUCACUGAUGUUUCUGCUAUCCAACAACGUUGUUUGUCGUGUGGCUUUCGGCAAGAUGAGUCCUAGUGAUGAUAGAAACAGCAGUAGGUUUCAGGAAAUUCUUGGUGAGGCGCAGCAUUUGAUGGGAGAGUUCAACGUUGCCGAUUUUUUUCCGUGGAUGGGCUGGGUUAACAAGUUUAACGGGGUAGACAGGAGGCUGGAGAAGAAUUUCCGGGACCUGGACAGGUUUUUCGACCAAGUAAUUGAAGAACAUCUUGAUCCCAUGAGGCCUGAAUCAGACAGCGAAGAUAUCAUCGAUGUUUUGCUGCGAAUUCAGAAGGAUCCAAAUCAGACAAUCAAUCUGAGUGAUGAACAACUCAAGGGUGUUCUUAUGGACAUAUUCGUGGCUGGAACUGAUACUUCGGCAGCAACAAUCAUAUGGACAAUGGCAGAACUGAUGAGAAACCCCCACGUGAAACAAAAAGCCCAACAAGAACUGAGACAAGCAGCCAAAGGAAAGACAAAAAUACAAGAAUCUGACCUCCCAAAUCUCCCAUAUCUUAAACAGGUCAUAAAAGAGUCAUUCAGGCUCCACCCACCCGCCCCGCUGCUGGUCCCGAGAGAAACGACGAAAAGUUGCACCAUCGCUAACAGCUACGACGACGUCUCAAAGAAACCAAGAACAUCUUCCAAUUCCACAAGGGAGACUUGCACCGUUGCCGACAGCUACGACGUUCCCGCGAAAACAAGAGUAUUUUUCAACUGCAAGGCGAUGUCCGCUGACCCCGCGUACUGGGAGGACCCGGAGAAGUUCUGGCCUGAGAGGUUUAUGGACAGGCAGGUUGAUUUUAGAGGACAGCAUUUUGAGCUGCUGCCGUUCGGUGCCGGGAGAAGGGGCUGCCCUGGUAUUAACUUUGCAGUGCCGCUGGUGGAGCUGGCGCUGGCAAAUCUGCUGUUUUGCUUUGAUUGGGAACUCCCAGAGGGGAUGUCAGCGGAGGAUGUUGAUAUGGAGGAAGCACCCGGGAUCACAAUGCAUAAGAAAACUCCUCUUUGCUUAGUUGCUUCCCCAGUGAACUUAGGGUAGGAUCGGACUGUAUCUUUCAUUUCGUUUAAUAUAUUUUCUAUUUUCGAAUAUGUUGUAUCUCUUAUUUCAUUUAAUAUAUAUUUUCUAUUGUUGGACA